UUAACUUGUAUUUCUCUAUCCAAAACCAACUCUUUUUGUGCACUGUGGUGGAGAAAGUAAAUAAAAAGAAUGAAGUAUGGGUUUCUUUCCCCUAUACAUGACAAGGCUCCUAUGGGAAAGGGAAGUCUUCAUAAAGGAAAUGCCAAUGGUGUUAAGCAUAGUAAGUGUAUUAUUUUUCCUCCCAAAGUGAGUAUGGUUGCUGAAUCUCUAGAAAGAAGAAACCAGAAUUGGAUUGUUCGAGCAAAAGUUGCAAAUGAUUUGAUCAUACAAGUUGGGGAUUCCAUUUUUCAGUUACAUAAGCUUCCUAUGGUAUCAAGAAGUGGAUAUUUGAAUAGAUUAGUAUUCCAAAGAAUUUGCAUUAGAGACAAAAAUACAGUGUCUACGAUCCAAAUAGACAAUUUUCCCGGUGGAGCUGAAAUCUUUGAGUUGGUGGUGAAAUUCUGCUAUGGAUGGAAAGUUGAUCUGACAGCAGCCAACAUCGCUCCAGCAUACUGUGCUGCAUAUUUCUUAGAAAUGAGUGAUGAUCUUGAACAAGGAAAUCUUAUUUCUAAGGCAGAAACUUUCCUAAGUUUUAUACUCCUGACAUCCUGGAAAGAAAUAUUUCAGAUUUUCAAAAGUUGCGAGACAAUUGCUUCAUGGGCCAAGAAGUUACAAGUCUUGAAACGAUGCUCUGAAGCUAUUGCUUGGAAGGCUUCCAUGGACCCAAAAACAUUUACUGCUGGUGAUGAUGAUUCAUUGGGUUAUAACGCUCAAUCAAAUAACGCAAAAAACUCACAACAUAGUUGCAUAGCUGAGAAUUGGUGGUUUGAAGAUGUUUCAUUUCUUCGAAUAGAUCAUUUUCUUGAAGUCAUUGAAUCUACUAAAAGAAAAGGGGUAAGAUCAGAGCUUGUUGGAUCAUGCAUAGCUCACUGGACAGAAAAAUGGAUUUCUCAAAUUCCUUUUGGACAACACAAUCAGCCAACACACCAGUUAUUGAAAGUUACCGCAGAAAGUUUGAUUAAAGUACUUCCAGCGGAAAAAAACUCAGUUUCCUGCAAUUUUUUGCUUCACCUUCUCAAGUUGGGAAUUAUGAUGAGAAUUGAGUUUGAACUGUUAAACAAGCUAGAACAAAGGAUAGCUCUUAUGUUGGAGCAGUGUUCUGCUUCAGAUCUCUUAGUGAGGAAUUAUGGCAAUACUGAUACUGUUUAUGACGUGAGAAUCAUUACAAGGGUGGUUGAAUCAUAUGUUUCUUCUGUGUUAAAUAAUCCAGCACCAAGAAUAUAUGUUGUUGGAAGGUUGGUGGAUGAGUAUCUUACGAUGAUUGCUAAGGAUGAGAAGCUUCCAAUUAAACAUUUUCAAUUGCUUGCAGAAGCAUUACCAAAAGAUGCCCGAUAUUGUGACGACAACCUCUAUAGAGCCAUAGACAUGUAUCUCAAGGCACAUCCUAAACUAACAGAAGAAGAAAGAACUAGUGUGUGCAAAGCCAUGGACUAUCAUAAACUAUCAGAAGAAGCUCGCCAGCAUGCGAUGAAGAAUGAAAGAUUGCCCUUGUAUAUCUCAAUGCGACUUGCCCUUCUUGAACAAGUAAAUAUGACAAAAUCAUCGACAAAUAAUAGAUCCAACUACAGAAGAACAAAGACUCAAACUAUUAUCAGAAUAAGCAAGGGUUUAGAUAAGGGAUGUAUGACACCUCAGAAAGAAUUAACUAUGAUGAAGAAAGAGGUCGAGAACAUGAAGGUGCAACUAAAUGCAUUGCAGAAGUGUAAAAUUCAGCUUCAGAGACAAAUAAAAGGAUGCACUAUCUAGAAAUAGGGAUCCAGGUUCUGUCAAAGCAUUGUAUUAGCAUCUUUUAUGUUGCUUUGUUUGAAAGUCCAUUACAAUACCUGCAGAAUGUUGUAGAUUGUGGAAGAAAACGUGACAUUUUUAUUUUAUGCUUCACGAGAAGAUGGUAUGUUCUUAUCUGAAAUGCAAUUAUAUUAGAUAA